CCACACUCCACAGUCUCUCUAUGUAAAUUCCGAUGAGAAUAAAGUAACAAAGUUUCAUUUCACUACUUGAAAUUUGAAAAAAAAGCUCUCUCAACCACGCAAUGCCGCCGGAGAUCCCGCCGGUGCAACCACCAUACAGCCAGAGUUAAGCCCCAAACACUCGCACCUUUUCAGCUACUAACAAUGUCCGGUUUCAACUCCGCCAAGCAGGCCAAGGCGCGGGAUCUGAAGCACCGCGUCCUCACCUGCCUCCACAAGCUCUCCGACCGGGACACCCACUCUGCCGCCGCAUCGGAGCUCGAAUCGAUCGCCCGUACCCUCCCCUCCGACGCCCUCCCCCCGUUCAUCUCAUCCAUCUCCGCCACCGACUCCUCCGACAGAUCGCCCGUCCGCCGCCACUGCGUCAGGCUCAUCUCCGUUCUCUCCGAGCACCACCAGAACUCCCUCUCUCCCUACCUCUCGAAGCUCCUCUCCGCCAUCGUCCGCCGCCUACGUGACCCAGACUCCGCCGUCCGCUCCGCCUGCGUCGCCGCCUCUCUCUCCCUCUCCUCGAACCUCACGUCCCCACCCUUCGCCUCCGUCUCCAAACCCUUCCUCGAAUCUCUAUUCACCGAGCAGGACCAGAGCGCCCAAACCGGCGCCGCCCUGUGCCUGGCGGCGGUAAUCGAGGGUUCCCGAGAUCCGGACGCGGCCGGCCUGAGGAGAUUGCUGCCGAGGCUCGAGAAAUUGGCCAAAUGCGAGAGUUUCAGGGCGAAGGCCGCUCUAAUGGCGCUGAUCGGGAGUGUGGUCGAGGUGAGAGGAGUGUUGGGUGGCGGUGGGAAAAAUGUGGUCAGAAAUCUGAUCGCGUGCCUGAUGGAUUUUCUGAGCAGCGAGGAUUGGGCGGCGAGGAAGGCGGCAGCCGAGGCGCUAAUGAAGAUUGCAGCCGUGGAACGAGACAGCCUGUCGGAGUAUAAACUCACUUGCUUGAAGACUUUCGAAGCAAAGAAAUUCGACAAGGUGAAAGCAGCAAGAGAGACAAUGAACCAGAUGAUAGAGACUUGGAAGCAAAUUCCAGAUCUGCUUGAGGAGAUUUCAGUGCCACCUGAAUCAGAAGCUUCAUCUAUAGAAAAUGCUAGUGAUGGACGUUACCCUCCGCGCUCGACAAUAUCCUGCUCUAUUGGGUCCACCACACCUCGUGUAUGGAAAAAGGCCGUCUCAGAGAACUCAUAUAAAAAGACACCAGUUUCUUAUGGUUCAGCUGCUUCCACGGCCAGAAAAAGAACCCCUCUUGGAAAUAACCAAAACAAAACUGGGCCAGCAAUGUUCCGGAAGUUGGACCGAAACUCGAAAGUUGAAAGUAUCCUUCAAAGUGCUUCUUCGGGCAAGAAGAUUUCAGAUAAUGGCCGUCCGAAUGGUCAGGUAGAGAGAAAAGAAGUUGAAAAGACAGAUACAAAACGAGCUAUUCUCAGUGAAAACGACCAAAAGAAGAGGCUUGGUCUGUUUAAAGCUGGCACUCGAGUUGCUCCAUGUUGUGAUGACAGUGUUGUCGUUGGUAAUGAGACUGGAAUUGGUCUCAGGAAUCACCAAGAAUGUGACGAGCUUACUAUGAUCCGUAAGCAGCUUCUUCGAAUUGAAAGUAAGCAGUCCAAUUUGAUGGACCUUCUCCAGGGAUUUAUCGGGAGCUCAAGAAAUGGUAUGCAUUCCCUCGAGGCACGUGUCCAUGGGCUCGAGCUUGCUCUGGAUGAAAUAUCAUUUGAUUUAGCCGUCUCGACCGGUAGGAUGUCCCGAAUUAGCCCUGCCAGGGGAUCCAUGUGCUUCAAGCUACCAGGUACUGAGUACUUGAGCUCAAAGUUGUGGAAAAAAGCAGCUCCUACCACUUUCGGUGGGACACACAGGGGUAGAAGCAGUGAAGGAUUUGCAGUGGAAAAUAGGGGGGUUAUUGUGAACCCGUUGGCCAAACUGCCCAGUGGCUCCGUUGGAUUUUCAGAAGUUUCCUUGAGUGGGGGUGUGAAUAAAAUUGCUGUUUGAUAACGUGUGAAGUGCGCAUGCCUUUGCCCGAGUUUCGAUGAAGGGACCACUCUUUAUCUUAAAUCGAUGGGGCGAUUAUGCGGAGUAUAAACAAUUUAACCGACAAUGCCUAGUUUGAUUUGCUAUAAAAGUACACUUGUGCGGUGCCAUCUUUUACAUGCCAACUACCUUCCGAUAUCCAGGUUCGGCCAAGAACUUUAUCUAGUGCUUGCUUGCCAAGGUACAUAAUUGGCAAGCGAACCUAGAAAAAACUAAGACAUCAUCGAUAGUCGAGAAAAGAACGGGUCAGCUUAUGUACUAGGCCCUAGCUAGAUUU